UGAACCUUGCCUGCCGAGGAAAGGGACCAUUUCGUGUAUCUGCCUGGAAGCCAAUCAGCGGCGGAACCUGACCUGCGUAGCUAGGGCAGCUACAGCAGCUGUCACGCCACUGUCUCUUCCACGCUUCUGUCUCUGCCCAGCUGAGGAGAUGACCGUGGGGAGCUCCUCGGGAAGCUCCUGCGGCGCUCAGUGGAGUCCUCAGAUGUUUCCCCCCAAAUCCUCCUCAGACACAGAGACAGAAGAGCAGCCGCCUGGGGAUGGGCUGGUUUUGCCCAGAGCUGGCAGGCUCAGUGAGUUCCUCAGCCCGGAGGAGGAGACAGAUUCUACUUCUGAUUCAACUGGGAGCUUUUAUGAGACCCUGCAAGCGCUGAGGCAGAAAGGCAGGUGGUGCCUGUUGGAAUCCCUUUAUCCCUCUGACCUAGACAGUGAUGGGAGCCUCUCUGAAGAUGACGAAGACCUGGACAGUUUCUUCCAAGACAAAGGCAGGGGGAAGCCGCAGGUGCACCACCCCUCAUCUCCAAGGUGCGGCUCCAGAAGACGCUGCCACUCCCUGAGCCACCUGCCCAGUGACACCCCCACGGCUCAGCCACCCUCUGGCUCCAGGCCUCCCUCCCAGCACAGAAGCAUCAGCUCCUGGGCAUCAUCCAUCACCGUCCCUCAGCCAUUCCGCAUGACGCUGCGAGAGGCCAGGAAGAAGGCCCAGUGGCUGGCCUCCCCUGCCUCUUUUGAGCACGAGAGGCAGCAGGCCCAGAAGCAGGGCCAGGAGGAGGCCGAGUGCCACCGGCAGUUCCGGGCACAGCCUGUGCCUGCGCAUGUCUACCUGCCCCUCUACCAGGAGAUCAUGGAGCGCAGCGAGGCGCGCAGGCGGGCAGGGAUCCAGAAGAGGAAGGAACUGCUCCUCUCUUCCUUGAAGCCCUUCAGCUUCCUGGAGAAGGAGGAGCAGCGAAAGAAAGCUGCUCAACAGAGGGACUUGGCCGCCGCAGCUAAGGUCAAAGUCCCCAAGCAGAAGGCCACCAAGAGGAUCCCCAAGUCCAUUCUGGAGCCCACCCUCGGGGACAAACUCCAAGAAGCUGAGCUCUUGAGGAAAAUUCGCAUCCAGAUGAGAGCCCUGGACAUGCUGCAGAUGGCCUCCUCCCCCAUCCCGUCCUCCAGUAGCCGCCGGGCUGACCCACAGCUUCGCACAGCCACCCGGACCCGGAAGGAAAAGCUUGGGUUUCUGCAAACUGACUUUGGAUUCCAGCCUCGGGUGAAUCCUGUCGUCCCUGACUAUGAGGGCCUUUACAAGGCCUUCCAGAAAAGAGCCGCCAAGAGAAGGGACACCAGGGAGGUGACCCGCAACAAGCCCUUCUUGCUGAGAACCGCCAGCCUGUGUCACACUUCACGGCCCUGUGAUGUCGCUGCCUCUGAAGGGAGGAGGGAAUCUCCACAGCCCCCCGCCACACCCCUGCCAAGGAGUCGUUCCCUGAGUGGCCUUGCUUCCCUCUCUGCCAACACCCUCCCUGUGCACAUCACAGACGCCACCAGGAAGAGGGAGUCUGCAGUCAGAAGUUCACUUGAGAAAAAGGACAAAGCAGAUGAAAGUACUCAGUGGUUGGAGAUGCACAAAAGGAAGUGUCAAGAGAUAUCAAAAUCUGUGACUUUGCGUGCAAAAGCCAUGGAUCCCCAUAAAAGCCUGGAGGAAGUAUUCAAAGCAAAGCUGAAAGAGAAUAGGAACAAUGACCGUAAAAGAGCAAAAGAGUAUAAGAAAGAACUGGAGGAAAUGAAGAAGAGAAUACAAAUAAGGCCCUAUCUCUUUGAACAAGUUACCAAGGACCUUGCCAGGAAGGAAGCAGAACAACGGUAUCGAAACACCCUGAAGCAGGCUGGGCUGGAUGAAGACUUUGUGAAGAACAAGGGUCAGGGCAACCAGGCUUCACAGUGGAAGGAGCAGUCAGAAGUCCAUGAUUGUCCCAGCACUCAUGAAACUACAAAACUCCAGCAUCAGGAAUCCACACAGGAUCUAGAAGAAUCUCUACAACAGCCUACGAGUCCCAAGAUAGAACUGGAGAAGCUCUCUUAUGAAUUACAAAAUAAUCUCAGAUCACUUGUUUAAUCAAUCAGCAUACUUAAAAUUACUGCUCUGGAAUAAUAUCAAGCUGCUAACUUGGAGUUGAGUCAAGGCAGGCAAAACUUGGGUUUUGAGUCACAUGGAGAAUGGGGUAAAGAAAAGGAGAUAAUACAAAACGGCUCAUGUAAAUCAAAUUGGAACAGCUCUGGGUGGAGGGAUCAGAGAUGAUUAAGGGUCCUUAGUUUGUGCCUCAGGCUUAAGCAUACAGGUAUA